UGUAUUAUCGAUUCCGUUUAAACUUUAAAUAUCAUCGGAGCCGUUGAUUAUAGCAUUUUAUAUUUUCUUAAAAUACGAAAAUACGAAUAAUAAUAAUAUUGUUAUUGAUUUAUGCGCGAUAUAAUUAUUAAUUUUUAUAAUUCGGUGAUUAUAAUAUCGUCAAUGUUCUAAAAAUAACGUUUUGUUAUGGUUAACAAUCGGUCGAACACUGCCAGUACUGAACGUCUGUACACAACGCAAUACGCAUUACACAUCGAUGGCAUAAGGACGUUCGAUCGUCGAGUUACGACGAUUCGUCGGUGGUCCACAACUUUACUGUCGUCGUCGUCGAUUUUUGUCACGAACAGCCACGGAUGACGGAUGUACUGACACCCGCACUUCCCGUGCCAGUGGAAACCGUUUAACAAUAAUAUCGACAGCCUGCUCGAAGACCUCCAUUACCACGCGAUUCGCCGUAAGCUUUACUGUUUUGACAUCGCUUAUUUCAUGUUUUAUAAUAUUUAUAUUAUUUAAACAUUUUUUCCGAUCGACUUAUUGAUAGGAUACGGUUAAGCGCUGCGAGUUCGCCAUCAGCUGUCGACGUCGACAAUCAUGGAAACCGCUAGCGAAGGGGCUCCUAAACGGGCGUUGGAUAAAGCCGACGACGGUGGCGGUACGAAAAAACUGAAAACUGACGCCGAAGAUCAUCAGUUCUUGCCGACGGUGGAAAAAAUAAGAAACGUGGAGGAUCCGAUAAAAUGGAGUUUGCUGCCUUCGAUCGUGUACAAUUUGCUCACGCUAUUCAAGAAAACGGAAAAAUCGAAUUCUGACGAGCACAAACAAGAUAAACUUGAUAAUGGUUUUAAAGUUUUAUCAAAUCAAUAUUAUCAAGAAAAACUUUUAAAUGAUUCCUUCAAACAUGAUCAAUUGAAAGAGGUUGAUAGAUAUGAUAAAAUUAGUAUUAAAGAAUCUAAUUUUAAAGUUCCAAAUACUACAAAAGUUUCCAUCCAAAAUCUGAAUAAAUUGGAAUCCAAAUCAACAUAUUUAACAGAAAAUGUUCCAAAAAUAGCACCAUUAAUUACAAAAGCUUUGCCAAUUCAACUGUCUGCAGAGAAUACUGAUGUUCACAAGGUUGAACGACAAAUAGAUGACAAAUCAAUCAAAACAACUAGUGUUGUCGAGAAGAAGCUUACACCUACACACAAUGUUAAUCAUUUAUCUGUAUAUAGAAAAAAUAUUCCUUGUACAGUGCCAUCCAUAAAUGAUAAAGCAGUUAUGUCUACAGAAAGUGUUUCUGAUGCAGCUACAUCUGCCAAUAGUAUUUAUAAUACUUCCUUUCUUGCAUCUGGAACUGAUAUUUCUAAUACUUCAUUGUAUACAUCUACAAAUAGUGUUUAUAAUGUUCCUAUUGUGACAUCUAAAAUUAGUAUUCCUAAUACCCCUACACUUAUUUCUACAAAUAGUAUUUCUAGUACGGCUAUGCUUUCAUCUGCAAAUAACAAUACAAUAAUUGUACCUGAGGAUAGUGCUCAUCAAGUUAUUUCUAGAACAGAAAAUAAUUUUAGAAAGCAAAUAUUUGAGCUUUUAAAUAAAAAUUGUAUUAUUGGUAUUUCAAAAAUACCUUUAACUAAACCAUCUUCAUGUAUUUGUAAGUAUUGUACAACUGUGACUAGCUUAUCGAUAAAACAAUCGGCAGCAUAUAAUCUUUUAUUUCCAUUAAAUGAUAAUUUAAAUCACAAUAAUUCAUAUUGUGAUUUGGAAAUUUCAAAUGUACCAGAUGAUAUUGGUUCUAUUUCUGCUACAAACGACUGUUAUUUGAACAAAUUAAAUAUACCACCUUAUAAAUGUCAAAAAUCAUUAAUUAAUACUGAAUCUCCAAAAAAUAUUUGGAUUAAUCAGUUAACUUCUUUGAUCAGUAAAAAUGAUACAUCCAAAAAAUAUCAUAAAACUAAUAAAGUUAAUGCUUCAGUAAAAUUGAACUUACAAAAUGUUAUUAAUAACGUGCAUAAAGCCACUCAACAAAUUAAAUCACAUCUUUCAUUUUGUAACAAAUGUAAAAAAUCAAAUUUGAAUAAGCCUGGUAGUUGUAAAUGUAAUGUAUCUCUAAGCACAUCUUAUAAUCAUAAUGAGUAAUGUGUAUACUAAACUAUAAAUCUAUAAUUACAUUUUAAUAUUUUACUGUUUAUUUAUUUAUUAUUUAUUUAUCUUUUUAACUGUUGUUAUUUUCUGUCUAAGCAUUGUGUAUUAAAAAAGUUUAAGAAUUUUUUUUUAUGUUAUACUAUUUUAUUCAACUAACUUUAAUUAAUAAAUUUUGUUUUAUGUAUUAA